GGAUUGAAUGGGGCUCUGCUCGGCUUAUUUCUUUUUGUUUCCCACGACUCCUGGCCGACUCCUGGCCAUCUGUUGGCCGACAACCCAAUCAUGGAAGGGAAAUGGCUCCUCGCAGUCCUCUCCCGCCAGAGAAGCCCCGUUUUGGGGCACUACAACAAUCAUCAACAUCAGGGCGAUGCAGCUUGACACAUCCAAGCUACAACCGCCCUUUGCUAUUUCUACCGCGUGCGGCUCACCAGACAAUUCCUUGGCCGCGGCAUCAACAGCUGCUUGACCUUCGCGCAACCAACCUCUAUGCGACCCGCCAAGCAAAACGAUGCCACCAGCAGCAUAAUGCUGUAUAACUCCGACGCAAGAUUUCAAUCCGACAAGACCUUGCUCUCCAUUUACUUGCCAAGAUUGAGUUGUCAAUAUCCACGCCAAAGAUUGACGAUGCCUAGGGAUCGAGGCUUGUCGGAGGGUUGACGGCGUCAACACAACAAAAAACCCCGAAGAAAAAAAUAUUAUACCUUUUUUUUUUUCUUUUUUUUUAAAGGAGGGAAGCGCUGGAUGGAAACAUUUGCGGAUCUCGAACUAGGUCAGGCUUGCCCCUUUUUCGGGUGGCUAAGGGCACGGUGGUCUCGAUGUUUUCUCUGAGCAAAGACUAGGACAAUUGAUGUUGUUCGUUCCCUCCACCUGUGUGUUCCUCCUGUGCGUGUGACAUGUGAGAGCAGUGAUUUUGCAUUCUGGUUUCUGAAGCCGGCUCAACGUGACCUGAUAAGAUGCUCUAUCGUAGCUGAACACCGUGGCAAGGCAAUCAGCCACGUCAACCCAUCAUCUCGUCAAGUCGAGACGCAGGUAGACAAGGGAGGGGAGCAAGGGGACGAUUAUACGUUUGUUGCCUUUCUAUUCCAAACUACCUAACUACACCCCCCAACGCCAACGACCACCAACCCAGGGGGGUCGGUCAUCUGGCAACGUCCUUCUCCAUCUCCUCCUCCUCCUCCUCCUCCUCCUCCUCC